AUGGCAAAUUCAAAAAAAAAAGUUGUUAAAUUGCUGAAAGCCUGGAAUUGGAAUUGCUUUGGCAACCUUACAACACAAGUUGAAGAGGCUGAAGCUGCCGUGAAACAAACUAAAUUAAACAUUCAGAUGGGGCUCCCUAAUGAACAGAACCUGAUAUUAGCUAAUGCAAAUCUGCUUCAAGCUAUUCAUUGGGAAAAAGAGUACUAUAAACAGAAGGCUUUCAUCAAAAAAUUUAUUGAUGUGGAUAGGAAUACAAAGUUUUACCAUGCCUGUAUUAAACAAAGAAGACAUUCCAACACCAUCCUGAAGAUUAAAAACCACAAUGGCAUUUGUGUCCAAGGUACUGAUCUAAUUCACAGAGAUGGUAUUGAUCACUUUCAAAACCUUUUAUCUGAACCCCAUGAGGCUACUCUCCUGAACUUUGUCCCUAGCUUACUUAAUGACAAAUUCUUUGAUAUCCAGUGCCUGGAUUUAACAUUUAUUCUUACUGAGGAAGAAAUUUGGAAAGCUUUAUGUUGUUUUGAUGGUGACAAGGUGGUUGGUGCAGAUGGUUUUAAUUCUACUUUCUACAUAAUAACUUGGGAGGUGAUUAAAUUUUAUGUUGUGGAAGCUGUCCAGGCCUUCUUCAGGGGGGAGGAUAUGCCACAUUACUUUGCUCAAUCCACCAUUACUUUAAUCCCAAAGGGAGGCCAGAAAUCUAAUUGGGAUCAUUUUAGACCCAUAUCUCUCACCACUGUGUUGUCUAAACUUAUUAGCAAGCUUUUGGUUUUUUGA